CUCGGGUGCAAAGUUUCAGCCGUCUGCAAAUCGAAGUCUACGGUCAACGUUUCUGGAAUAUGCUCUUUUAAUUUUCCCAAUUGACUGCUUUUUAGGGACCAUCAUCGGUCUUAGCUGUAUCUGGAAUUGGACUCGGUUGUAAUCGUACGAUAAUGACGAAUUGUUAGCGAGCGUAUAAAUAUUUACAAGACGUGGUGGAAUCCCAUCAUAUGCCUAUCGAUUGGCUCGCAUGUUGUAGCUAACGUUACAGCUAGUAUACCAUCACCGUACGUGCAUAUCGUAAGCUAGCUAGCUAGUUAACGCUAUCUAAAUAAACAAGUGAUCAGCGGAGAGAAAUGGCUUGUGAGCCUAAUCGUGUGCGGCUAAUAUGUAUGCUUUCAUUGACUUUUGGCUUUUUUAUCGUGGAGGUUGUCGUCAGUCGGAUCACUGCAUCUUUAGCAAUGCUUUCGGACUCCUUUCAUAUGCUAUCGGAUGUCAUAGCGCUGUUUGUGGCUUUGGUGGCUGUGCGCUUCGCUCAGAAAACACAAUCGACAAAUAAAAACACCUUCGGAUGGAUCCGGGCUGAGGUGAUGGGGGCUCUGGUCAACGCAGUGUUCCUCACAGCUCUCUGUUUCACCAUCAUCUUGGAGGCCGUCGAGCGAUUCACCAACCCACAUGAAAUCGAGAAACCCCAUGUAGUCAUCGGUGUGGGGGCUGCCGGGCUACUGGUCAACCUCCUCGGGCUGUGCUUGUUCCGUGGACACGCAGGUGGUGGACACGGGCACUCCCACGGAGGAGGAGGCCAUUCUCAUGGAAAUAAGAAAAACAAGAGGGGUAAACUAUGCAAGUCAGAAAGACCGAAUGGAUCAUCAGGGGAGGAGACCAACAACCUGGUAGGAAGCCACAACAGCCCCCCUAAUGGCGUGAACACCGAGAGACGUAGACAUGAGAUCAUUUGUAACGACAGUGAGAUGCAGAUGAACGGCAGCGCUCCCUACGAGGAGCUGGACUACAGCCACGACGAGGCCUCGCUCAACAUGCGCGGUGUCUUCCUGCAUGUGCUGGGCGACGCCCUGGGCUCAGUCAUCGUGGUGGUCAACGCCCUCAUCUUCACCUUCGUAUGGCGGCCGUGCCCGCCUGGCGAGACCUGCUUCAACCCCUGCAUCGACAGCCACUCCACCGACCUGAGCGAUAACGGCAACAGUUCUAGCUUUCAGCGGACCAUGGUGGGGCCGUGCUGGGUGCUCUACCUGGACCCCACGCUGUGCGUCAUCAUGGUGGGUAUCCUGCUCUACACCACCUACCCGCUGCUCAAAGAGUCUGCGCUGAUCCUCCUGCAGACGGUGCCCAAGCAGAUCGACAUGCACCGCCUCAAUGAGCGGCUGCUUUUGCUGGAUGGCGUGCUGGCCAUCCACGAACUGCACAUCUGGCAGCUGGCGGGCUCGCGCAUCAUCGCCACGGCGCACAUAAAGUGUCACGACCCCACGUCCUACAUGGACGUGGCCAAGCGCAUCAAGGACUUCUUCCAUGACGAGGGCAUCCACGCCACCACCAUCCAGCCCGAGUUCGUUACCAUCAACUCCGAGUCAAGCGCCUCCCUCUGCGAGCUCUCCUGCCGGACGCAGUGCGCACCCAAGCUGUGUUGUGGCGCUGCUGACAAGCCGGGCGUGGCUGGUGCUGGUCCGGUGGGCGCAGAGAUGAUCCUGAGCGGCGAGGGGAACGCGCUGGCGGCCUCGGCCAUGGAGGUAAUCAGCGAGACCCCAGAGGGCGCAGACGGAGCUGUAGUCCUGGAGCAGGCGGCCGCUGCAGUUGUCCAGGUGGUCCCUCAGCCAGAGCCCGAGGUCAUCACCCGAGAGGUGGAGUCUUCUCUGUGAGAGAGACCAGACUAGAGACGGUCAGAGGCGGAGGGAUAGAAUCACCAAUAAUGUGGACAGAAGUGUUUUAAAAGUGUGGGCCAAAAUUGACGGUGGGUUAUCGUUUCUACAGUGCUCUCUGUUUCUGGAGACGGGUUGAAAAAUGGCUCCACCGCUGCGCUCUGGUUCGAAGACACCCUCUGUUCUGAGCCCCUAACCCUCCCACUGCCUACCCCCUUCUACGGUCUACACCUCGCUACCUUUACCUCCUCACAUCUGACCCCUCACCCCUGAUCUACUCUCUGAGCGUCAGAGAGAGCAGCACAGUGAUGAUGCGUGACUUCACCUCUCACCCAGGCUGGGGGCUCGGCCUGGUCUGGCCUGCUGCAUAUGUGCCCUACCCCUCGUUAGCACCAUGUUGUGAUGUGUGACAUCCCCUCCCUCCAUGGUGUCUCUGUGCCAAAGCUUUUCAAUGCAGGACAGAAGGGACAAGGGGAGACUCCAACAAGGACAAAGAGCAAAUACGACAUAUGCAAGGCAAGCACACCUUUCUACUCCGCAGGUUUUUUUGUCGAUCUCUGGACCUUUCAUUGAUGUAUUAUUACGUUUUUUUGGAUAGGCUUUGAACAUCUCUAUUUUCUUAGCCUCGGGCACCCAAUGGAAAAUGAUUAAAUUACAACAACAAAAAUAUUUAUAUAUUUAAGUUUAGUAAUGAUCUAUUAUUUCUCUCUUUAAAUGCUUUUAUAAUAUUUACUUUGGAUGAUGGAUUACAUUUUUUGCAAUUGUUCUGUCACUUGAAUAUUUGACAAACCAUCUAUGCUGUAGACUUGUUUUUGAAAUUGUGCAUUUUACUUUUAAUGAUUUAUUUCUCAGACUUUUUUCUGGCCUGACUCUGUUUUAAUGGCUGUUGUUAGUUGAAUGCAGAUGCUGUGUAAAAACCCUCACACCUCACCUUUAUUUCAAACUGAUUUGAAAUGGCACUGAGUACAGUUCAAGUAAGUACUGUAGGUUAGCCUAUCUUGUAUUGGCAAACUCCGACAAACAUUCAUUCAACAACAACAAAUCGGCCUUGCAAGCCAGGGGGUCUAUCACUGAAAUAAAAUGUGUACUACAAAAUGUCGACAACAAUAUUGUUUUAAAUCUAUGCUGGAGGGCAUUCAGAUGGGUUGUUGAAAUUCAUACUACUAUUCCUCAUAAAGUGUUGAGGAAGAGACCUAGUCAAAAUCCAUGCUGAACGUUUUUAGUUUCCAGAGUCCUCCUGCUGCAACUUUGCAUGACCAAAAUGAAGUGUGUUAUUUGAAUCACAGAGCUGCAAAACAGUAGCCUACUUCCUUGUUUUCUCAGAUAGCGAGAAUAACUUUAUUGAAAUGUCACUUAGGCCUAAGCUUUUCCUUCCUUUGUAGUGAAUGGGUUUGUUAGGCUUCAUGUGCCGAUUUACAGUAAUCUUAGUGGCCUUUUUAAUGCAAGGAAAUCUGAUCAUUCCUCAUCCAGCAUCAUUUAUUAUGAUCAACAUCACAAAGAUAUCAUUUAUAUGAUGAUUCAAGGAUGCAUUUCAGAUUUCCACUCUAAGUAAAUGUGUAUGCAGUAUAGAAGCAUUGUAUUGGGAAAUGUAUUUUGACACGUUCCUUUUGUUUUGAAAAUGUCUGGUUACUAUUAUUCUGUGUCUUUGAGCCUCGAGCUCUAUGUGCAAAUUGAGUUGUUGUUUUUUGGAUUUUAGAUAUAUGAUGUGUAUUUGAUAUAUUACAGUACCUGUUGAAAUGUGUCAUUGUGAAAAUUAAACAUGCCUGUUUGGUACAGUU